GUGGACUUAGUUUUUAUCAAUCUGUUCGAAAAAAUCUUAAUCAAAAAUUUAAUGUUAAAAUAUUCGAUCGCGAGACUGGUCCUAAAGAACGAUGGCAAGGUUAUAUCAUCGGUGUUAAUAAAAAAGGUUUUACAUCUUUAUCUUAUUGCACACCAGAUAAUGUUCAAGCUCGCUUUCCCGAAGCAAUGCCAGACCCAGUUCCUAAGGAACAUCACACUAUAGCAAUCAAUGAUCAUGUUGGAAGACGUUUAUUUCGUUUUCCUAAUAUAAAAUAUAAAAGUAUUCAUGAAAUAGAACCUCUUAAACAUGAUUAUGCUGGUAUAGUUACUUAUCGUAAUAGAUUACGUGACGUUUUAUUGGAAG